CGAAAAACGAGAAGGCGGAUAGGACAGUUUUUUUUGUCGGUGCCAGUUUUAACCCGAGACAUGCCCGAACACUAAUCCUGGAAUGUUUAUUCCCGUGGCAGGAUGAUAUUGUGCGAUGAGGAAGAGCUGCGGGGAGCACCAAGUCGGACUGUCCUCUAGUCAGCGUCCUGAUAUGUCAGCAUAUGAAAGAGUGGUCAGUGUAACGUUAUUGGCACACAUUCUGCAAAGCUUUUAAUAACCUGCAGAUCGUUCCGUUCCAAGACAAUUGUCAUUCAUGCAGGGGAGCAUCUGUGGCAGUAGUUGCUGACUAAGCGACACCGCAAGGUAACAAGCAGUGUCAACUUGCUUCUUUGAUCGUUCCUGUGGAUGAAAGAUGGCCACCUGGAGGGACAGCCGGAGGCAUCGAAUCCCAUCGAAGGACAGCAUUGGAGAGGUGAGCAGUGUCCCUGGUACUGGUGACACACUCCCCUGGAAUCUGCCCAAACACCAACGGGCCAAACUCUCCAAGUCAGCCUCGGGUGAAGUCCUAGAUCCAGCUGAAAGGGCUGUAAUCCGCAUCGCAGAUGAACGAGAUCGAGUACAGAAAAAGACCUUCACAAAAUGGGUGAACAAGCACCUGAUUAAGUCCAACCGUCAUAUAUCCGACCUGUACGAGGACCUUCGAGAUGGACAUAACCUGAUCUCAUUGCUGGAGGUCCUCUCUGGAGAAAAACUGCCCAGAGAGAAAGGCCGCAUGAGAUUCCACAAGCUGCAGAAUGUACAAAUAGCGCUGGACUUUCUCAAACACCGGCAGGUCAAGUUGGUCAACAUCAGAAACGAUGACAUCGCAGACGGGAACCCCAAGCUGACCCUUGGGUUAAUAUGGACCAUCAUCCUCCACUUCCAGAUCUCCGAUAUUCAGGUCAAUGGCCAAUCUGAGGACAUGACAGCCAAGGAGAAGCUGCUGCUCUGGUCCCAGAGGAUGACCGAUGGCUACCAAGGCCUUCGUUGUGACAAUUUCAGCACCAGCUGGAGAGAUGGGAAGCUCUUCAACGCCGUCAUACAUAAGCACUAUCCCAGGCUCAUUGACAUGGGCAGAGUCUAUCAACAAAGCAACCAGGAGAACCUUGAACAGGCUUUCCACGUUGCUGAGAAAGAUCUGGGCGUGACACGUCUUCUGGACCCAGAAGAUGUCGAUGUUGCACACCCAGAUGAGAAAUCCAUCAUCACAUAUGUGUCGUCGUUGUAUGAUGUCAUGCCUCGGGACGCAAUGAGAACUAAUGAUUUGGAGCUGCGCUGGCAGGAGUACUAUGAGUCCAUGACUCUUCUGCUCCAGUGGAUCCGUCACCAUGUCAUGAUCUUCGAGGAGAGGAAGUUCCCAGCCAGCUAUGAGGAGACAGAGCUUCUUUGGCGUCAAUUCUUGAAGUUCAAGGAGACAGAGCUACCAUUGAAAGAGACUGAUAAGAACCGCUCCAAACAGCUCUACCAGUCAUUCGAGGGUGCAGUACACUCUGGCCAGGUAAAAGUCCCACCAGGCUACCAUCCUAUCGAUGUGGAGAAAGAUUGGGGACGACUCCAUGUGUCCAUGCUGGAGAGAGAGCGACUGCUGAGGACUGAGUUUGAAAGACUUGAGAGACUACAGAGGAUUUUCAGCAAAGUCCAGAUGGAGUCAGGGAGGUAUGAUGACCACUUCAGCCACCUCGAGACUCUGCUGCAGACGGAUAUGCGUCUACUGAGUGCUGGCAAACCAGCUCAGCACACGGCAGAAAUCGAGCGUGAGAUGGACAGAGCCGACAAUGUAGUGCGUCUGCUCUUCAAUGAUGUGCAGACCCUUAAGGACGGGCGGCACCCACAGGCUGAGCAAAUGUACCGCAGGGUCUACUCCCUUCACGAGCGCCUGGUCAACUUGCGCAGCGAUUACAACCUUCGUCUGAAGACUGCCCAGGUUGCCAUUGCCCAGUCCACCGUGAAGACUACUACCCUGAAAGUACGGUCUGAUUUGGACGACGUGACCCUGCGCUAUGUCCAAGAUCUUCUGGCCUGGGUGGAAGAGAACCAACGGCGUAUCGAUGACGGAGAAUGGGGAUCCGACCUGCCUUCUGUGGAGUCACAGCUGGGCAGCCACAGAGGUCUGCAUCAGACAGUAGAGGAAUUCAAAUCAAAGAUUGAACGUGCAAAGGCUGAUGAGAGUCAAUUGUCCCCUGGAAGCAAAGGUGCUUACAGAGAGUACCUGGGCAAACUGGACCUUCUGUAUGGCAAACUACUGAACUCUUCAAAGUCCCGCAUGAGAAACUUGGAUUCGCUGCAUGCAUUUGUCAGUGCGGCCACCAAGGAGCUCAUGUGGUUGAAUGACAAAGAGGAGGAGGAAGUCAACUUUGACUGGAGCGAUAGGAACAGCAACAUGACCGCCAAGAAAGACAACUACUCGGCUCUCAUGCGUGAGUUGGAGCAGAGAGAGAAAAAAGUCAACAAUAUCCAGACUACAGGAGACAAACUUGUCAAGAAUGGCCAUCCUGGCAAGAAGACAGUGGAGGCAUUCACGGGUGCCCUGCAGACUCAGUGGAGCUGGAUCCUCCAGCUGUGCUGCUGUAUUGAGGCUCAUCUUAAAGAGAACACAGCUUACUAUCAGUUCUUUGCUGACGUAAAAGAAGCUCAGGACAAGCUGAAGAAAUUGCAAGAGACCAUGAACAAGAAAUACAGUUGCGAUCGCUCCACCACAGCCACACGCCUUGAGGACCUACUGCAAGACGCUGUGGAGGAGAAAGAACAGCUAAACGAAUUCAAAACUCACGUGAACGGCCUCAACAAGAGAGCUCGCUCCAUUAUCCAGCUGAAACCACGCAACCCCACAACGUCCAUCAAAGGAAAACUCCCCAUUCAAGCCGUCUGUGACUUCAGACAACAAGAGAUUACCGUUCAUAAAGGAGACGAGUACGCGCUCCUCAACAAUUCCCAGCCAUUCCAAUGGAAGGUGUUGAGUCACACCGGACAGGAGGCACUUGUGCCUUCUAUUUGCUUCUUGGUACCACCCGUCAACAAGGACGCCAUGGACAGUGUGUCCGGGCUGGAUACAGGUCACCAGAAGAUGGUGUCCACGUGGCAGAUGUUGUACAUCAACAUGAAGAGUCUGCUCUCUUGGCAAUACCUGAUGAGGGACUUUUCGCAGAUUCGCACCUGGAACAUCACAACGUUAAAAUCAAUGAAACCAGAUGAAUAUCGACAAAUGAUGAGGAACCUGGAAAUCCACUACCAAGACUACAUGCGUGACAGCAAGGACUCUCAGCUCUUCGGACCUGACGACCGCGUGCAAGUGGAGGACGACUACACCAAAUCCACCCAGCACUUUGACAGCCUACUUCGCUCCUUGGAGGAAGGUCAACAAAAUGAAUCUCUGUGUAAGAACUACAUCACUGAGCUCAAAGACCUGCGUCUGCGAAUUGAAGACUAUGAGGCCCAGACUGUGGCUCGCAUCCGCAAACCCAUGGAAAAGGAACCUCUGAAAGAAUGUGUUCAGAAGACAGUUGGCCAGAAGAAAGUACAAGUCGAGGUUGAUGGCCUCAAGAUGGACCUUCAGAAGAUGUCAGCGAGAGCACAGGAGAUCUUAAAAUCCUCUCAGAAUUUUGCUUCUUCUCCUGUGCUGCGUUCUGAGCUUGACCUCACCGUGCAGAAGAUGGAUCACACGCACACGCUCUCCUCCGUUUAUCUGGAGAAGCUGAAGACUCUGGAAAUGGUCAUCCGGAACACUCAGGGUGCAGAGGGGGUCCUUAAGCAGUAUGAGGAUUGCCUGCGUGAAGUCCACACUGUGCCGGGUGACGCCCAGGCAGUGGAGACAUACCGUGCAGAGCUUAAGAAAAUGAGAACAGAGGCCGAGGCGGAACAGUCCGCGUUUGAUUCCCUUGAAGAAGAACUCAAGAAAGCCACUGCUGUGAGUGACAAGAUGAGUCACGUGCACAGUGAGCGGGAUGCGGAGCUGGACCACUACCACCAGCUCCAUUCCAGCAUUCAGGACCGCUGGAAGGCCAUGUUCGCGCAGAUUGACCUUCGCCAGAGAGAGCUAGAGCAGCUCGGCCGCCAGCUGGGUUAUUACCGGGAGAGUUACGAUUGGCUCAUCACUUGGAUAGCAGACGCCAAGCAAAGACAAGAAAGGAUCCAGACUGUGCCCAUCACUGACUGCAAGACUCUGAAAGAGCAACUGGCACUGGAGAAGAAAUUACUGGAAGAGAUUGAGAAAAACAAAAGCAAAGUUGAUGAGUGCCAGAAAUACGCCAAAGCAUAUAUCCACAUAAUCAAGGACUCUGAACUCCAGUUGGUUGCCUACAGAGCACAAGUGGAGCCCCUGGCUUCCCCUUUGAAGAAAACCAAACUAGAUUCUACAUCUGAUAACAUCAUUCAGGAGUAUGUAACACUGAGGACCCGCUACAGUGAGCUGAUGACUCUGACUAGUCAGUACAUCAAGUUCAUCACUGAUGCACAGCAACGCCUGGAGAAUGAGGAGAAAGUUGCAAAGAAACUCAAAGCAGAAGAACAGAAAAAAAUGGCUGAGAUGCAGGCUGAAUUAGACAAACAGAAGCAGUUAGCUGAAGCUCAUGCAAAGGCCAUUGCCGAGGCAGAAAAAGAGGCGCAAGAGUUGAAGCUUAAAAUGCAGGAAGAAGUUAGCAGGAGAGAUGUCGCUGCUGUAGAUGCGGAAAAGCAAAAGCACAAUAUUCAACAGGAACUCCACGAGCUCAAAAAUCUUUCAGAGCAGCAGAUCAAGGACAAAAGUCAACAAGUGGACGACGCUCUUCAAAGUCGAGUAAAGAUUGAAGAGGAAAUCCGCCUCAUAAGAAUCCAACUUGAGACAACAGUCACACAAAAAUCUACUGCGGAAUCUGAGCUAAAGCAACUUCGUGACAGAGCGGCUGAAGCUGAGAAACUUAGGAAGGCUGCCCAAGAAGAAGCCGAAAAGCUACGCAAACAAGUCCGUGAAGAGAGCCAAAAAAAGAUCAUGGCUGAGGAGGAACUCAAAUUAAAAUCUGAGGCAGAAAAGGAAGCUGCACGCCAAAAGCAAAAAGCCCUGGAAGACCUUGAAAUGCUGAAAAUGCAGGCGGAGGAGGCAGAAAGGCAAGUUAAGCAGGCCGAGGUUGAAAAGGAAAGACAAAUUAAGGUUGCUCAUCAAGCAGCCCAGAAGAGUGCUGCCGCUGAGCUCCACAGCAGACACACUUCCUUUGUGGAAAAGACCUCCAAACUGGAAGAAUCCCUCAAACAAGAGCAUGGCGCUGUCCUUCAGUUGCAACAAGAAGCUGCACUUCUGAAGAAACAACACGACGAUGCAGAAUUGGCUCGGGAAGAUGCAGAAAAGGAACUUGAAAAAUGGAGGCAAAAGGCUAACGAGGCCCUCCGCCUAAGGCUCCAGGCUGAGGAAGAAGCUCACAAAAAGAACCUUGCGCAGGAAGAAGCUGAGAAACAAAAAGAGGAGGCGGAGCGGGAGGCUAGAAAGAGGUCCAAAGCUGAAGAGUCAGCCUUGAAGCAGCGAGACAUGGCAGAGAAAGAACUGGAGAGGCAGAGGAAGAUGGCUGAGAGCACUGCUGAGCAGAAACUUGCUGCAGAACAAGAGCUGAUUCGUCUCAGGGCAGACUUUGACAAUGCAGAACAGCAGAGAUCCUUGCUGGAAGAUGAACUGUAUCGUCUCAAAAAUGAAGUUAUUGCAGCACAACAACAAAGGAAGCAGCUAGAAGAUGAACUAGCCAAAGUGAGAAGUGAAAUGAAUAUACUCAUUCAGCUUAAGUCCAAGGCGGAAAAGGAGACUAUGUCCAACACUGAGAGGAGCAAACAGCUUCUUGAGGCAGAGGCUGCCAAGAUGAGGGACCUAGCUGAGGAGGCCGGCAAGCUGAGAGGCAUUGCAGAGGAGGCCAAGCAUCAACGGCAAGUUGCUGAAGAAGAGGCAGCUCGUCAGAGAGCAGAAGCUGAGAGGAUCCUCAAAGAGAAGCUGUUUGCUAUCAGUGAAGCCACCCGUUUGAAAACUGAAGCUGAAAUUGCUCUGAAGGAUAAAGAAGCAGAAAAUGAGAGACUGCGUAGACAAGCUGAAGAUGAGGCUUACCAGAGAAAAGCAUUGGAAGACCAAGCCAACCAACACAAGCAAGCAAUUGAGGAGAAGAUCAUUCAACUGAAAAAAUCUUCUGAGGAUGAAAUGGACCGACAAAGGGCUAUAGUAGAUGACACACUUAAGCAAAGGCGAGUUGUCGAAGAAGAAAUCAGAAUCCUCAAGCUCAACUUUGAAAAAGCUUCAUCAGGAAAACUAGAUCUGGAACUCGAACUAAACAAGCUAAAAAAUAUUGCAGAGGAAACUCAACAAAGCAGGCUCAGAGCAGAGGACGAGGCUGAAAAGCUGAGAAGGCUUGCCCUCGAGGAAGAGAGAAAGAGGAGGGAAGCUGAGGAGAAGGUUAAGAAAAUCACUGCCGCAGAGGAAGAUGCAGCUCGACAACGCAAGGCCGCUCAGGAGGAACUUGAGCGUUUGAAAAAGAAAGCUGAAGAAGCCAAAAAGCAGAAGGACGAGGCUGACAAAGAAGCAGAAAUACAGGUCGUGGCAGCCAAACAAGCAGCCCUAAAAUGCAGUGCAGCGGAACAGCAAGCCCAAAGUGUUUUGGCUCAACAGAAAGAAGACAGCAUCAUGCAGAAGAAACUCAAGGAAGAGUAUGAAAAAGCCAAGUUGCUUGCAAAACAGGCUGAGGCUGCAAAGGAGAAGGCAGAACGAGAAGCAGCACUUCUCCGUCAGCAAGCAGAGGAAGCAGAGCGGCAGAAAGUGGCUGCUGAGUUAGAAGCCACAAACCAAGCCAAAGCCCAAGAGGAUGCUGAGAGGCUUAGGAAGGAGGCUGAAUUUGAAGCUGCUAAACUUGCUCAAUCUGAAGCUACGGCACUGAAGCAAAAGCAACAAGCUGAUGCGGAAAUGGCAAAACACAAAAAACUGGCAGAGCAGACACUGAAACAGAAGUUCCAAGUAGAACAAGAGCUCACAAAGGUUAAAUUUCAGCUUAAUGAGACUGACAAUCAAAAAUGUCUCCUUGAUGACGAGCUCCAGCGCUUGAAGGAUGAGGUUGAAGACGCUGACAAACAAAGGGCACAGGUAGAAGAUGAACUGUUUAAAGUAAAAGUUCAAAUGGAAGAGCUGCUCAAGCUUAAAAUGAAAAUUGAGGCAGAAAAUCAGCGCCUCACUAAAAGAGACAAAGAUAACACUCAAAAAUUCCUUGCAGAGGAAGCUGAAAAUAUGAAACAGCUUGCUGAAGAUGCUGCAAGACUAAGUGUCGAAGCCCAGGAGGCCGCUCGCCAAAGACAGAUUGCUGAAGAUGAUCUGAGUCAUCAACGAGCUCUUGCAGACAAAAUGCUCAAAGAGAAAAUACAAGCCAUACAGGAAGCAACCAAAUUUAGAGCUGAAGCUGAAAGGCUUCAAAAGCAGAAGGACUUGGCUCAAGAGCAAGCACAAAAGCUGCUUCAGGACAAACAACUCAUGCAGCAGCGUCUGGACGAGGAAACGGAGGAAUACCAGAAGUCCCUUGAAGCGGAAAGAAAAAGGCAACUCGAGAUUGUAGCGGAGUCCGAAAAACUUAAACUCCAAGUUUCUCAGCUCAGCGAAGCCCAGGCCAAAGCCGAAGAAGAAGCCAAGAAAUUCAAGAAACAAGCGGAUGCAAUUGCGUCUCGUCUUCAUGAGACUGAAAUUGCCACCAAAGAAAAAAUGACCACUGUUCAAAAACUGGAAGUUGAAAGACUAAGUACCAGCAAAGAGGCAGAGGAUUUACGCAACUCAAUCACAAUCCUUGAGAAGGAGAAGGCUAGACUGAAAAAAGAGGCUGAGGAACUUCAAAAUAUGUCUAAAGAGAUGGCUGAUGCCCAGCAGAAACAAAUUGAGCAUGAGAAGAUAUUGCUUCAGCAAACAUUCCUUACAGAAAAAGAAAUGCUGUUAAAGAAGGAGAAGCUCAUUGAAGAUGAGAAAAAGAAAUUAGAAAGCCAGUUUGAAGAGGAAGUCAAAAAGGCUCAAGCUCUCAAAGAUGAACAAGAACGGCAGAGACUGCAGAUGGAGGAAGAGAAGAAGAAACUACAGGCUACCAUGGAUGCAGCUCUUAAUAAACAAAAAGAAGCUGAAAGGGAGAUGCUUAACAAGCAAAGAGAAAUGCAGGACCUGGAAAAGAAAAGAUUGGAGCAAGAAAGAAUCCUUGAAGAAGAGAACCAGAAACUGCGAGAGAAACUGCAGCAGAUGGAGACUGUCACUGUGGUCGAUAAUGUUCUUAAUGGACAAAAUGCCAUUGAAAUAGACAGUACCCAGAAGAAAGUAGAUCCCUUAUCUUUUGAUGGUAUUCGUGAAAAGGUCCCGGCAAUCAGACUUCAAGACUUGGGUCUUUUACCAAAGAAAGAUUUUGAUAAGCUUAAAAAUGGUAAAACUACAGUUCAAGUACUUGGUGAGACUGAACAUCUCAAAAGAAUUCUUAAAGGAAAGAACAGCAUUGCCGGCAUUUUGACACCAUCAAAACAAAUAACAUCAAUCUACCAAGCAUCCAGAGAGAAAAAAAUUACUCCAGGCACAGCCAUGGUACUUCUUGAAGCUCAGGCAGCAUCUGGUUACAUGCUAGACCCCAUUAAGAAUCAGAAAUAUACUGUUAAUGAGGCUGUCAAGGAAGGCUUGAUUGGCCCAGAGCUGCAUAAUAAAAUGCUUUUAGCUGAGAGGGCAGUUAUUGGUUACAAAGACCCAUACACUGGUGGCAAGAUAUCUGUCUUUGAAGCUAUGAAGAAGGGUCUGAUAGAACAUGAUCAUGCCAUCAGAGUUCUUGAGGCUCAACUUGCAACAGGGGGCAUUAUUGAUCCUGUCAAUAGUCACCGUGUACCCAAUGAAGUGGCCUUCAAACAGGGACUCUAUGAUGUGGAAAUGAACAAGUGUAUGGAAAAACCCUCAGAAAAUGCAAAGGGUUACUUUGAUCCCAGCACCCAGGAAUCAUUGACAUAUUCUGAAUUAAUGACGAGAUGUUGCACUGAUCCGGACACUGGCAUGCUGCUUUUGCCAAUCACAGACAAAGCUGCUCAAUGCUCCAGCAUGUACACAGAAGAAGAGACCAAGGAUGUGUUCAACAAAACAACAGUAUCUGUUCCAUUUGGAAAAUUCAAGGGAAAAACUGUGACCAUUUGGGAAAUAAUCAAUUCUGAAUACUUCACUGACGACCAAAAGAAAGACCUUCUUCGUCAGUACAAGACAGGGAAGAUCACAAUCGAAAAACUAAUUAAAAUUGUGAUCACUGUGGCAGAAGAAAAAGAGAAGAAGAACGAAAUUAACUUCAGUGGUCUUCGAGCACCUGUUCCUGCCUCUGAGCUCCUUGAGUCCAAAAUUAUUGAUAAAGACCUGUACAACAAAUUGCAGAAGGGCAAUAAAACUAUCAAAGAGGUCUCUGCAAUGCAACCUGUCCACAAAGCUCUUAAGGGCACAAAUUGCAUUGCAGGUGUAGUUACUGAGUCCACAAAGGAAAUAAUGUCCUUCUAUAAGGCCAUGAAGAAGGACAUAAUGAGAGCUGGUCCUGCCUUACAUAUGCUUGAAGCUCAAGCAGGAACAGGCUAUGUGGUUGACCCAUUAGAAAAUCAAAAGUACACUGUUGAUGAAGCUGUAAAAGCUGGUGUUGUUGGCCCAGAGCUGCAUGAAAAGCUUCUAAGUGCAGAAAGAGCAGUUACAGGUUACAAAGACCCAUAUACUGGAAAGACAGUGUCUCUGUUUCAAGCAAUGAAAAAAGAGCUUAUUCCUUUAGAGCAAGGAAUCAGACUACUUGAUGCACAGAUGACCACUGGUGGCAUCAUUGAUCCGGUCAAGAGCCAUCACAUUCCUCAUGAUGUUGCCUGCAAGAGAAAAUAUUUUGAUGAUGACAUGAAGCAGAUUCUAAGCAAUCCAACUGAUGAAAUUAAGUGUUUCUUUGACCCCAACACAAAAGAAAAGGUCACAUAUGCGCAGCUCUUCCAGACAUGUGUAACUGAUGAGAAAACUGGUCUCCCGCUUCUACUUCUCACAGAUGAAGCAAUUAAUGCAAAGGAAGAGCCAACACUUACCGAAGCCCAGACAAAAGAAGCUAUGACUCAGGCAACUGUUGAGCUUGAAUCCGGACCACUCAAGGGAAGGAAGAUGACCGUUUGGGAUCUUAUCAAUUCUGGAUAUCUAACUGAGGAACAGAGACUUGAACUACUCAGACAAUUUAGAUCAGGAAAGAUAACAAUUGAAAAGAUCAUUAAGAUUGUCAUCACAAUUAUAGAAGAACAGGAGGCUAAGAAACGAGAGCAGCUAAGCUUCAAGGGUCUCAGAUCACCUGUCCCUGCAGACUCUCUGUAUGAUUCCAAAAUAAUUGACAAGUCAACAUUUGUUCGUCUUCAGCAAGAAAAAACAACACCUAAACAAGUCAGUGAGAAUCCUAAUGUCAACAAAUACCUCCAGGGAUCAGACAGCAUUUCUGGCAUCUUUUUAGAACCCACUAAAGAAAAAACAAGCAUAUAUCAAGCUAUGAAGAAAAAUCUGAUCAGACACAACACCGGCCUUGCUCUUCUCGAGGCUCAGGCUGCCACAGGGUUCAUUGUAGACCCUGUUAAAAAACAGUUUCUGACCGUAGAUGAAGCUGUAAAAUCAGGACUUGUUGGCCCAGAGCUACAUGAGAAACUACUCUCUGCAGAAAAGGCUGUCACAGGAUACAAAGAUCCAUUUACGGGCAACAAAAUAUCUCUCUUUGAAGCUAUGCUAAAAGAACUCAUUUUGAAAGAGCAAGCAAUGCCAUUCUUAGAGGCACAAAUGGUCACUGGAGGAAUAAUUGACCCUGUAAACAGCCAUCGUGUCCCAAUGGAUAUUGCAUUUGACAAGAACAUUUUCAGUCAGGAAGUGGCCAAUGUUCUAGCUCAGCCAUCCAACGAUAACAAGGUUUUUACAGACCCAGAAACGGAUGAAAAUGUUACAUAUAGGCAGCUUAAAGACAAGUGUAAAAGGGAUCCAGAGACAGGUAUGUGUAUCCUUCCACUCUCAAAACCUCAGUCUCCUACAGUUGUAGAAAAGACAUACCUCUACACAGAGGAGGAAACACAAAGUGACCUGAACAAAACUCCAAUUGACCUUCCCAUUGAGGGCCUAGCUGAUAAAUCUAUGAGUAUCUGGGAUGUCAUGAACUCAAAUUUGAUUCCAGAGCAGCAGAGACAAAAGCUUAUGGAGGAAUAUCGUUUAGGUAACCUUACCAAAGAGCGAAUGGUAAUCAUUAUCAUUGAGAUCAUGGAGCAAAGAGAGAUCAUCCGAAAUGAGAAUCCUCUGUCAUGUAAGACAAUGCGAAGACGAGUUACUAUUGAGGAACUUUACAAUGCCCGCAUCAUUGAUUUGGAGACAUACAACCUUCUCAAACAAGGGAAAAGAGAUAUCCGUGACAUACUGGAGUUGAGUAGUGUGAAACAUUAUUUGUAUGGCACGGGCUGUGUUGCUGGGGUCACAACUGACUCAAGUGCCAAGAUUAGCAUAUACCAAGCAAUGAACAGAGGAUUUCUUAAGCCUGAAAUUGCCCUCAACCUUUUGGAAGCACAGGCAGCAACAGGAUACAUUGUCGAUCCUGUAAGGAAUGAGAGGCUCACUGUUGAUGAAGCUGUACGCAAGGGUGUUGUUGGCCCUGAGAUCCAUGACAGACUACUUUCUGCUGAGAGAGCAGUUACGGGAUACAAAGAUCCAUACAGUGGAAAAGUCAUAUCUCUUUUCCAGGCCAUGAAAAAAGACCUUGUUCCAGAGGAUUACGCCCUGGCAAUGUUAGAGGCUCAGUCUGCUACUGGAGGCAUAAUUGAUCCUGAAUUUCAGUUCCACCUACCAGAAGACAUUGCUAUGCAAAGAGGUUUUAUCAACAAGGAGACCAAUGAAAGACUUACUGAUAACAAAGGAUUUGUUGACCCUGUCACUGAUGAAACCUUGUCCUAUGCACAGCUGCUUAAGAGAUGCCAGUUAGAAAGCGGAUACCGUCUUCUCUCUCUGGGAGACAAAAGGCUUGUGUUCAAGGGUAUUAGAAAACAAAUCACAAUGGAUGAGUUGAUCCGUUCGCAAAUUAUUGACCAGAAAACCGCUACUGAACUGAAUGAGGGUCUUAUUUCUGUUGAAGAGGUCAGCAAUAGGUUAUCAAAGUACCUUGAGGGCACAAGCUGUAUUGCUGGUGUAUACAUCGAAAACACUAAGGAGUGUCUGUCAAUCUAUCAGGCCAUGAAGAAGAACAUGAUCAGACCAGGUACUGCGUUUGAACUCCUUGAGGCCCAGGCAGCCACAGGGUAUGUAAUUGACCCAAUCAAAAACCUCAAGCUAACUGUCAAUGAAGCAGCAAAAAUGGGAAUUGUAGGUUCAGAAUUUAAAGACAAGCUUAUUUCUGCUGAGCGUGCAGUGACAGGCUAUAGAGAUCCAUACUCAGGCAAGACAAUAUCUCUCUUCCAGGCCAUGAAAAAAGGAUUAAUCCUGAAAGAUCACGGAAUCCGUCUCCUGGAGGCUCAGAUAGCCACUGGUGGAAUCAUUGACCCAGAAGAAAGCCACCGUUUGCCAGUUGAGAUGGCCUAUGAACGUGGCUUCUUUGAUGAAGAAAUGAAUGAAAUUCUGACCGAUCCAUCUGAUGACACCAAAGGCUUCUUUGAUCCCAACACUGAAGAAAACCUUACAUAUCUGCAGCUCAUGGAGAGGUGCAUUACUGAUCCUCAAACUGGACUGGUUCUUCUUCUACUAAAACAAAAGAAACGGGAGAGAAAGACCUCGUCCAAAUCAUCAGUUCGUAAACGCAGGAUUGUUAUAGUAGACCCAGACACAGGCAAAGAAAUGACUGUAUAUGAGGCCUACAGGAAGGGACUUAUUGAUCACCAGACCUAUUUGGAGCUUGCUGAACAAGAGUGCGAAUGGGAAGAAAUCACUAUGACGUCCUCUGAUGAUACAGUCAAAUCUGUUCUUAUUGACAAGAAGUCAGGCAGACAAUAUGAUAUUGAUGAUGCUCUGGCACGUGGCCUCAUUGACCAGAAUUGUCUAGAAUCAUAUCGAGCUGGAAACCUGUCCAUCACAGAGUUUGCUGACAUGCUGUCUGGAAACAUGGGAGGCUUCCGGUCUCGGACAUCAUCCUUUGGUUCAACCACUUGCUCUGAUUUCUCUUCCCCAAUGAGCCCAAUACCUUCCAUAAAACCACCUGCAGUCAUAUGGAAUGACCCAACAGAGGAGACCGGCCCUAUUGCUGGAAUACUGGAUAUAGACACAUUGGAGAAGGUAUCCAUCACUGAGGCCAUGCACAGAAACUUAGUAGACAAUAUCAGCGGCCAAAGAUUGUUGGAAGCCCAAGCCUGUACAGGAGGAAUAAUUGACCCUUCAAGCGGAGAGAGAUUUUCAAUUGGUGAUGCAGCAGAAAAAGGUCUUGUGGACAAAAUCAUGGUUGAGCGUCUGAACGUGGCUCAAAAAGCAUUCAAUGGAUUUGAAGACUCCAGAAGUAAAGAAAAGAUGUCUGCCUCCCAAGCUUUGAAGAAGGGCUGGUUGUAUUACGAGGCUGGGCAGCGCUUCCUUGAGGUACAAUAUCUGACUGGUGGACUUGUUGAGCCUGGUGUCGAAGGAAGAGUCUCACUGGAUGAUUCGAUUAAGAAGGGUGCCAUCGAUGCCCGCACAGCACAAAAACUGAGAGAUGUCAGUACCUACUCAAGAUAUCUAACAUGUCCAAAAACAAAACUCAAAAUAUCUUUUAAAGAUGCCAUGGACAGAAGCAUGGUUGAAGAAGGAACUAGUCUCAGGCUUCUGGAGGCCUCCUCGCAGUCCAGCAAAGGCCUCUACAGUCCCUACAAUGUCAGUGGCUCUGGAUCUGCUUAUGGCUCACGAACAGGUUCAAGGACAGGAUCCCGAUCAGGAUCUAGAAGAGGCAGUAUUGAUGCAGGCUCUGUUUUCAGUGCGAACUUCUCAUCCUCUUCCUUUACUUCAUCCUCCUCAACUGGCUACAGCCGGGAGGGGCUUUGUCGAAUGAGAAGGGGGAGAGGGAAGCUCAGGGAGGGUACAAGGGGGCACUUUGCCUACCGGCCGACCUGGUACAGCAUGAGCAACCUGAGCAGCAUCAGAAGGUGCAAGGAUGACAUCACCUUGUUGUUGGACGCACCUCUGACCUCCAUGUACGAGCGGCUGUUGGCAGAGAGCUGUGGGAGUUCAACUCAGCCGAUUAUGGGUAACCUCAUAAGCCGGCCCAGCUGCCUAGGCCAAAAGUCUAAGCACGUGAGGUCAGAUGAAGCCUUUCUGAAGGAGUGUUACCAACGGCGCAAAGUGUUGCAGCCUCCUGAUCAACAUGCACAAGAAAAGACCAAGAAAAGUGGGGAGUACGGAGACCAGGAGGCACAAGAACUGGAUCACAAGCGAGAGGAAGGGGCUCAUACACCCAUUUCUGAAAAGCCUCUCCGCAGUUCCCCAGCCUCCACAAUCAGGAGCACCAGUACUUUGGAUAAUGCAUGGCAGAGCACCCCCUCCCCGAUAAAAACAUCCCGUAAUGGCACACUUACAAGGAGGACGGUGCCCUCAGAGUUUGCAAGAUCCCCCUUGACUUAUCCUGACAAGACUGCAGCAGAGAAAAGGGCCAGCUUUCAGAUGAGAGAUUCCAGAGAAGGGAGUCCCUGGUCGUGGAAGACUUUGGCAUCAAGGGAAGUAACAGAAGUGACAGAGGUGACGGAAACUGUUGUGACGGAAAUUGUGGAAGUGACGCAGUAUCCAACGGGCGAUAAGGGAGGGGACCCCAUUAUCACAAGAACUGUGCGAGUCCUGAAUGGAGUUGCUGAGGAACUUGCUGAGUUCCAAAGUGAUGGGCACUCAAGCUCAGACCAAGAUUCAUGUCUGGAAAAAUGGAGGGGCACCAAGGCUCCAUUGGCCCUGAGAGACAUAUCUACAGACACCGAGACAUUCCUCCAAAACCUGGAAGCAUUGCUCACAUGGGUGUGUGAGAUAGAGGAGCUGACAGCAAAUCAAAAACCUCCAUCUUCAGAGGUCAAAGUGGUCAAAGCACAGCUUCAGGAACAAAGGCUUCUGCAACGCCUCCUGAAAGACAGAUGGAAAAGUAUGGAUACUAUGUUGUCCGAGGGUCCUCGGCUCGUGGAGGCCCACCCAGGGGAGGAGGGGGAGCAGGCAAAGGUCAAGCUCUCUGCUCUCAAACACAAGUGGGAGUCCUUACACCAAGUGGCAGAGCAAAGGAGGGUCAGUCUGGAGUGCAUUUUACCCAGAGCCCAGCACUUCCAGGAAGGUGCAGACAAUCUGCAGCUGUGGCUUAUAUCUGUGGAGCAGGUCCUCGCUGAACUACGUAACGCAGAGCGAGUGAUGCUGCAUCUCUCAGAAGCCACAGAGAGGGCAAAGGCUGUCGCUGAUGAGAUUCAAGUCAAAACUGCUGAUCUCGGAAAACUUCAGAACGCAGGCUAUGAUCUCAUGGAAGUGAUCUCAGAGGACGAGGGUCACCAGGUGCAAGGGAAGUUAGAUGGCCUCCGUAUCCGAUGCUCUGUACUAAAUCUGAGCAGCCUGGAUGUACUUCAAAGGUUGGAACAAGCCCUGGAGGCAUCCAGCCGCUGUACAUCCAGUCAGGAGGACCUUCACCUGUGGCUAGGCCGCAUUGAGAGGGAGCUCCUGGGUUCAGCUGUGGCUCAGACACAUGCCGGAGAUGCAGUGCUGUGUGUCGCUGAAAGACAGAGGCUGGAACAGGCUGUGGUAAAGGAGGUGACUUGGUUCAAAGACACAGCACUAAGACUUGAAAAGCUGAAAACUGUUCAUCUGGAUCCACAGCUCAUAUCGGAUCAACUCAAUGAGCAGAAGAUUUUGGCUGUGGAGAUCCUCCAACACAGGUUUAACAUUGAGAAGAUGGUUAAGAUUUCUGAAAUCUUGCAAACAUAUAGUGAUGAAGGCGAGGCACCCAAUCUGCAGACACCAUUAGAUGCCUUACAGGAGCAAUGCUUCACCACUUCAGCCACUAAUUCCCAUGUGGUUCUACAACUUGAGCAUGCUCAGUCACUACUUGCCCAGUUUUCAGAGGGCCAUGCUGAGGUGUCACCCUGGCUAGAAGAAACAAAAAGCCUCGUCGAGCAACUCUCCUUCAGCACGAUUAGCUAUGAAGCAUUCCGCGAAAAACAAGACCUUUUGCAGGGUCUGAGGGAGUCUAUAGCAGAGCAUAGACCCUUGAUCUCACGCCUAUGCUCCUUGGCAAAACGCCUGUCAGAGCUUAAUCCAAUUCAAGGAGAGGAAUUUUGUCAUCUGGCUACGGAUGCUGAGGAGCGACACCAAGAAAUCAGAAACCAUGUCAGGGAGACUGCCAGUAUUCUCGAAGAGUCCUUACCCAGAUUCACUCAGCUGAACGAGAGAAUGAUUCUCCUCAGAGAAAGGCUUGACCGCCUGCGCAGUCGAAUCCAAACUCCGACAUCACUUCAAGGUUUGACAGCAAGGAUUCAAGAGCAGCUGCAAGACAACAAGCACACAUUGGCCGAACUCUCCAAGUUGGAACUCAGCCUCAGCAAUGUCAAGACACAGACGGAUGACUUGCUGGCUAACACACAGGCAACUGGGGACACGUCCAUUGGCACAGUAAUCCAGGAGCAAGUGACCAACUUUUCCCAGCUGUUGUCUGAGACACACAGUGAGGUUCAAGAGAAGGAAAAGUGGCUGCUGAAACUGCUGGAUCUUUCCAUGAAGUUUUGGAAUGAUAUUGCCAAUGUCACAUCAGCUCUUAAUGAAGCUCAGCAGGCAGUUUUGGAUCUCAAUACAAGUCAGACGGAUACGGAAACAAUUCGCCAGAGCCUGGAGACCAUGCAGUCUGUCAGAGAGGAUAUUGACACUUUACAAGGAGAUCUAGACACUCUUGGUGUUCUUGGAAUGGACCUGAUGUCAGCAUGCGGGGACACAGACAAACCUGAUGUUACAAAGAGUCUGGAUGAACUUUAUUGUGUGUGGAACAUUUUGAGCAAACUGUGGAAUGACUGUCACAAGAAGCUGGAGGUGUCAUUGCAGAUGGCCAUACAUUAUCAAGACACUAUGCAGGGACUGUUUGAGUGGCUGAAAUCUGCAGAGCUGAGAUCAACUGAAGAGUUCAUGGUUGGAACUGACCUGGAAUCAGUCAAAGAGCAGCUUAGGGAUCUUAAGGAAUUUAAACGAGAGCUUUACCAGAAGAAGAUUGAAAUAGAAAGCCAAAACCAUCGCUUUGUGUGUCGACUGUCUCCUGGCUCAGAACGUCCAUACUCAGUCUCACCACUGUGCGACUUUCGAUUGCGUUGGGACAGUCUAGAGUCUGAGACUGUCAACAGACAGCAUCAAUUAGAAAGUGCGUUACUCGGACUGGGUCAGUUCCAGAACGCACUGGAUGAGGUGCAAUCAUGGCUUGCCGGUACUGCUGAACAACUGCAGGGCAAGCAGCCAAUUAGCAUUGACCUGCAGGCUUGUGAAAUAGAGCUGGCCAAACAUAAGGUUUUGCGAAAUGAUGUCCUUUCUCAUGUUCGCACUGUGAAGUCCCUGAACCAGGCAGGGAAGGAGUUGCUGGAGGUUGGGUCUGGAGACUGUGUGCAUGCUUCACAGUCUCGACUGGAGCAACUCAAUGAAAGCUGGGAGUUUGUUCUCUGUGAGACGGAACGUUGUCAGCUGGAAUUAGAAAACAGACUCAGUCAGGUGCAAGAUAUUACAUUGGAGAUUCAGGACCUCCUGCAGUGGCUGGACAACACAGAUAUCCGAUUGUCGUCGUCCAUAACCGUGUGGGGUAUGCCGGAGUCUGCCACUGAGAGACUUAAUGCUCAUGUUGAGUUGUGCAAUGAGAUGGAGUCAAAGUGUCAAAUGUACACAGAUAUGAAAAUUGCCAUCUGCAGAAUGCUUGAAGACAGUAAUGUUGUGCGGGGAUCAAGUACAGAGCACAGCCUGUCAAUCCUGGAACAAAGAUGGACUUCUGUGUACAACAAAGUUCAGGAGCGAAAGGCAAAGCUUACAAAAGGCUUGAUUCUGGCCAAGGAAUUCCACAGGAACGUCAAGGACCUUCUCACUAAGAUGACACAGUGUGAGGAGUCUACCAGGGUCCUACCGACUCCCAGCUUUGUUCUGGAAACAGUUUGUAACCAACUUCAGGAUCACAGAACACUGUCUGGUGAAGUAAAUGGUUAUGGUGAGAAGAAAACCACGGUUGAGAAUGCAGGCAGCAGACUUGCAGAACUUAGUAGGAAAGAAGACUGCGAUGUUAUCCAUAACCUCAUCAUGACCAUCCAGGAUCGGUACAAAAAACUACAGCAAUGUAUUUCAGACAGAGGCAAGAUGCUGGAUGAGGUCAAAAAGAAUGUCAAACAGUUUAAUAAACUCUGGCAUCUCCUGGUGGAGUGGUUGACAGAGGUAGAAGCGACCUUGGACACACACAAAGAGAUUGCGCCAUCACAUGAGGAGAUUAAACAGCAGCUAAUCGAGCAGAAGGAGUUCCAGAAACUCCUGAGAUCCAAGAGACCCAUGUAUGAGGCUGCGCUGAAAAGUGGACGCAACCUUCAUGAGAGCGCUCAAAGCAGCCAUGACAGACAGCACCUGAAAAACCUUCUGUCUGAACUCAAAGACACAUGGGACACUGUCAGUGGAAAGUCUAUGGAGAGACAACAUAAACUGGAGGAAGCCUUGCUGUUCUCGGGGAGAUUCACUGAUGCUCUACAGGCACUAAAUGACUGGUUGUAUAGAGCUGAGCCCCACUUGGCUGAGGAUGUCCCUGUCAGUGGAGACAAAGACACAGUCAACAAUCUGAUAGACACACACAAGGUAUUCCAAAAGGAGUUGGGGAAGCGAGCCGGGUGCAUCAAGACCCUUAAGCGCUCAGUCAGGGAUUUGACCAGGAGCAGCACAGCUGAUGCACACUGGCUGCAGGAGCAGAUGGAUGAACUGGAGAGCCGCUGGGAGGUGGUUUGCAAGCUAUCAGUCAGCAAGCAGGACAGACUGGAAAUUGCACUUGAGCAGGCUGAGAAAUUUGAUGGCCUUGUCCACACAUUCAUGGAGCACCUUACUGAGGCAGAGAGGACAUUAAAAUAUGGGGUCAUACCAGAUGAGGAAAAGGGUCUGCUUACCUUCCGCAAACAACAUGAGGAGUCAAUGGUUACUUUGCAGGCUCGGGCAGUGGAGUUGGAGAACAUCCAGCGUCUAGGUGAUGAGAUUCUCUCAUCCUGUCACCCAGACUCUGUUAUUACCCUUAAGUCUUGGAUGGGUGUUGCCAAAACCCGCUAUGAGGAGGUUCUGACAUGGGCCCAGCAGCAGGACCUAAAGAUCCAGACCAGUUUAGCAUCACUGGAGGCGGAGCGAGAGGAAGUCCAGAGGCUGUUGGAGUGGAUCUCCUCAGCACAAGAAGCUGUCAACAUCAGAGAUGAAGAGCCUUUGCCUGAAAACACAGAACAGAACCAAGAACUGAUUGAGCAACACGCCGAAUUCAUGAAGGAGUUGAAUAUAAAGUUCCCAGAUGUUGAAAAUGCAACAAAGUCCUGCAAACAUAAAAAUGUUUCUAAACAGCAUAUUUCUCCCAGCAAACGGCCUUUCAUAAAGAGAAGGAGCAUAAUGAAGCUGCAGCCAGCGGCACCAAUCCCCCUGGAGCACCUUGACCCACAGACACCGCUGCUCAGUCACCUGGUCAGUCAGUGGCAGAAACUUUGGCUCCUGGCUCUGGCGAGACAAAAAUAUUUGGAACAACACCAGCAAUCACUCAAAGAGAUGGAAGAAUUUGCCAACUUUGACUUCAAUGUUUGGCGAAAACGCUACAUUCAGUGGAUCAGUCAUUUGAAGUCUCGGAUCUUGGACGUGUUCCGCAACAUUGACAGGGAUCAAGAUGGACGCAUCAGUCAGAAAGAGCUCAUCGACUAUGUUCUUGCUUCUAAAUUCCCCACCAACUCUUUAGAAAUGAAUGCGGUGGCAAACAUCUUUGACAUCAAUAGUGACGGCUUCAUUGACUACUACGAGUUUGUGAGUGCGCUGCACCCGAGCAGAGAUCCCUACAGGAAAACUCUGGAUGCGGAUCAAAUCAAUGAAGAGGUGAGCCGUCAGGUAUCUCAGUGUAACUGCCCUCGGAGGUUCCAAGUGGAGCAGAUCAGUGCCAAUAGAUACAGGUUCGGAGAUUCCCAACAGCUGCGGAUGGUUCGGAUCUUGCGAAGCACACUAAUGGUCAGAGUGGGAGGAGGUUGGACUGCUCUAGAUGAGUUCUUGGUGAAGAAUGAUCCCUGCAGAGUAAAAAGUCGGACCAACCUGAAGAUCAAGGAGAAAUACUUGUCUCCAACAAACAGCGCCUCCAAAGGAUUGACUGUCAGCAGGUCUAACUCAAGCCUCAGUCUGUACAGCAGUGCCUCUGCCCCCACCAGCCCCAUGACACGCAAGGCUCUACUCCGCCGAAGCCUCUCAGGUGACCGCUGCAUUCGUCCGAGAAGUUCCAUCGCUGCUCUGGGAUCUGAACCCCUGUUUGUUACGACUGAGGGAGACGACAUGUUAUCACCAUCAGAAGAGGCUGAGAAGCUGCUACCCACAUGAUGGCCUUUGCCUCCGAGGUCCUUGUGUCUUCUAAACCUAAACAUCCUCACGGCCCCGAGACACGGUGAUAAGUAGAAGUACAGUGAUUGAGAGGCCAAAAAAAUAAAGCAAAAAACAAAAGCAGAUCCUGAAAAGAAAGUACUGUUGGAGGUCAGGAUGCAGAAACAUUUGCACCUUUUGUGAUGUCUAUGUGAAAAUACUGACAUGAGAACUGUCCCUCCUGGUGUGAGUCAUAAUAUUUUAUAUUCCCUGUUUCAAUUCACACAGACUUUCAUUGCAGAGAAAAUCGUUUUUUAUGCAUAGAAAUGUGAUGCAUGCUAGCCUGAACCUUGUAAUAUCAUAAAGUGCCAACAUUUGUGCACAUACUGUGUUUCAAAAACACAAUUACCCAAACAUUAGUAUACCAGCAGCAUACAGUAUGUUCAACUGUGGGAUGUUUUUUGUCAUUUUCCAUAAGCAUGAUGUUGUUGUCAGCGGGCCACACGUUUGUGUCUUUUACUCUUUCUGAUGCUUUUAAGUAAUUGAGCUUAUUUUUUUAUUUUGUUUACAGUCCUGUAAUGUUAGGAUAUUUUAAACACCGAAGAUUGUCUACUGAACAACGCACUGAUUUUUGACAGGUUGUAGAGAUUAUUUGCUCAGGAUUGGUUUUGCAUUUGGAUGUAUUUUUUUAUAUGCUGUGGAAAAUAUACUGUAUACGUUUUCAUUUUUACUCUAGGAAGGUCUUCUUUAGCACUUUUUUUUCCAUUUAAAAAGCACUUUCUGUGUCAGAGAAAGAAAUUUGACAGUUGUGAAAUACAUGUCGAAAUGCCAAACUGUAAUUCUGUGUACAAAGUUCAUGAAUUUAUACUCAACUACUGCAUACUUUCUUUUUCAUAUUCAGUAUCUUGUACCAAAAGUGUCUGUCUUCCAUGAUUAUUUCUAUCUUUCCUUUUACGUUUCUUUGUUUCCAAUAAUUUAGCUUUAGUGCUCUUGUUUGAAUGUGUUAGUCAUGUGAGACCACUUUACCCUGAGAUAGCGAGAAUUGCAAAUUCAAAUUCAGCCAAAUUCUUAACUUUUCAUGGCUGCAAACACGCUAAAUAUUUGGCUUUUUUCUUUUACUACAGUUUGGGCCUGAUCUACACAGAUCCAAAUAAGACAAGCUGAAUAGCAUGUGCAAACUAUAAAAUUGUGUGUACUAUUAGUGGUACAUGCAACUUGGUAUAAGUGCAAAAGCGAUGCAGCCUGCCCUAUUUAAAUGAGGUGUUUGCGUGUAUAUAGGCUGUUACCAUGGAUACACUAAUUUCCCUUCAUAUUUAUGGAAUCAUAUGCUCCAACCUGUAGUGUUUAUCUUCUUGUUGUUGACAUGCAGCACACAAAUCUUUAUACCACCUAUUAUGGGCUAUAUUGAAGCACAAUCUAGACAAUACAACCUAUUUUUAGUGCACUGAAGGUGCACUCUGGAAGGUGUUGUGUUGUUGUGAAGGUGCAUCUGGAGUGAUCCAGAUCCAAGACAAUGCCUGUUGCAAGAUUUACUGUGGUUUUUAUAGGCGAUAUUUCACUAUAAUAUACUGUUUCCCCAAUAUUGAAAACAACACCACCAAAACGGAUCAAAUACAUUAGUUUUAACCAGCAUUCAGCAGCUAUAUAAUUAUAUUUCUGAAUCGGGGAUAUGUAAUUAUUUUUUAUUUAUGAUAGUGCAAAUAUGUUGACACACAUGUUUGAUGGAGGAUUAUUUGUCCAUUGCCUUUGACACAAAUGUUUGAUGGAGGAUUAUUUGUCCAUCGCCUUUCCCGGGCAUCUAAUGUGCCGUUUGUGCGUAACUGUGCCACUUUGCACGUUUUCAAAUACAAAACAGCGGACACAGAGCAGUCUUAGCCUUGAUAAAUCACAUUGCGAGUGCCAGAUAAUUAUAUUUGCAUCACCUUCCUCCGGGAUUGUGGGCGUUUUAAUAAUCAGCAUACAUUCUGCAUAUACGAAAGGACAAACACGCCAAUUUGGAUGGUGCUCUAUAUUUUGUACAUUUAGGGGAAUGAUUCCUCCGCACACGAGCUUGGUAGAUCAACAUUCAGUGCGCUAUCAGGUUUGCACAUGUUUUAUUACACGCAAACCUUUAGUAAAUCAGGCUCUAAAUUUACAUUACGAUUAUGACCUACUCCAAGAUUGUCCUAAAUUUGUUCAUUGUAUCAUUAUAUGGUUAACAAAAGAACCCCCAACAUUGUAACUUCUACUAUGCACCCCAACCUUUCUCUACUGUCACUAAUCAUUCUAUGUCUACCUGUACAAGUGAAUACAUGUUUUGCUAUGAAAUAAACAUAUUUGUUGUGA